AUGUCUUUCCUCGGUGGUGCAGAAUGCUCUACCGGCGCCAAUCCACUCAACCAAUUCACCAAGCACGUACAGGAUGACAAGUCGCUACAGCGGGAUCGCCUGGUCGGGCGCGGACCUGGCGGGCUCCAGGAGAGCAUGCGAAGCCAGCAGAUGGGCGGUGGCUCAGACGGUAUGAUGAACGAGUUCAUGCAGCAGAAUGCACAGCUGUCCCAGGGUGCCGGCCCCGCCUCACCCUUUGCCAUGGAGCAGAUGCGCAGAGAACUGGAGAGGGCCCAGCAUAGCGCCUCGCCCGCCUGGGCAGCAGAGUUCGAUCCGGGCAUGCAGGCACCCCAGAUGGGCCCCGCGAUGCAAGAGCGGACCGCAGGCUUCAAUCCCGCAGAAUUUGCCAAAUUCCAGCAGAUGAACCCGGCCGCACGCACGGCGAGCCCGACGACGGCGCCCCAACCCUCCAUGCAGGGCUAUCAGCGGCCCAUGUACGGCAUGAAUGGUAUGGGCAUGGGCGGCAUAGGCGGCAUGGGCAUGGUGGGCGGUAUGGGCAUGAUGCAACAGCAACCGUACGCGCCCCAGAACUUUCAAGAGCCCAUGCAGGACUCGGGCAAGGGCAAGGGCCGCAUGGUGGAGCUCGACGACCAGGACUGGGAGGCCCAGUUUGCGCAGCUGGAGCAGACGGACCAGCUCGACACGGAGGCGCUCGACGCCCAGGCGAACAAGGACAUCGAGGCCGAGCUCAAUGAGCUGGACAGGUCAGUAGCCCAGGAGGCCGUUGAUUUUGGCGACUUCGAGUCCGUCUGGAAGGGGAUCCAAGCUGAGACUGAAUAUGCUAGGCAACUGGCCAACGAGGACAACUUUGUCGAAGGGCACGUGGGCGAUCUGGACCAGUGGGAGGGCUUCGACGGCUUGAACACGCACUCGGUCCGCGACCCUGCCAUGGGCGAUUACCUGUUCGAGCAGGAGAACCUGUUCACCAACGUUACCAACCCCUUCGAAGAGGGCAUCAAGAUCAUGGAGGAAGGCGGGAACUUGUCUCUUGCCGCGCUUGCCUUUGAGGCGGCUGUGCAGAAAGACCCAAAUCACAUCGCCGCCUGGGUAAGACUGGGAGAGUCUCAGGCACAGAAUGAGAAGGAAACGCCGGCGAUACGCGCCUUGGAGCACGCGCUGAAACAGGACCCCUCCAACCUCGAGGCCCUGAUGGGCCUUGCAGUAUCCUACACGAACGAGGGCUACGAGAGCACCGCAUAUCGGACCCUCGAACGAUGGCUUGCCACAAAGUAUCCCUCCCUCAUCAAGGAACCGCUGUCCUCCGACGCCGACAUGGGCUUCACUGAUCGCCAUCUACUUCACGAAAAAGUCACAAACCUGUUCAUCGAGGCUGCCCAACUCUCGCCAUCUGGUGAACAGAUGGAUCCGGAUGUCCAAGUUGGUCUCGGCGUCUUAUUCUACGGUGUAGAAGAGUAUGACAAGGCUGUCGACUGCUUCGGCGCCGCGCUCGCCUCCACCGAGUCAGGCGUUUCGAAUUCUUCAUCACAAGUCCAUCUCCUCUGGAACCGACUUGGUGCAACGCUCGCCAACUCGGGUCGAAGCGAGGAAGCCAUCGACGCCUACUCACGUGCACUUGCUCUUCGUCCCAACUUUGUGCGCGCACGAUACAAUCUUGGUGUAUCUUGCAUCAACAUUGGCUGCUUCACGGAAGCGGCCCAGCAUUUGCUGGGGGCUCUAGCCAUGCACAAGGUUGUGGAGAAGGAAGGCAAGGAAAAGGCCAGGAAAGUCGUCGGUGAGGGAGUGUCGGAAAGUCAGCUUGACAACAUGAUUCAACAGAAUCAGAGUACAAAUCUAUACGAUACGCUGAGACGAGUGUUUGGCCAGAUGGGCAGGCGUGACCUGUCAGACAUUGUGGGACCGGGUAUGGACGUAGAGCGAUUUCGAGGAGAGUUUGAGUUUUGA